AUGGCGACCAGCACAACGACCGCAGGUGCGGCCACCAGCACCGUCCGAGUCGCCCCGCAGGGUGGCAUUCUGGAAGGUGGCAACCCAUCCGAAUAUGACCCCAAGAACCCGCUGGUGUUAUUUAUUAUCCAGGCUGUUAUUAUUAUCGCACUAUGUCGUUUGAUCCACUGGCCCCUGUCGAAGAUUCGCCAGCCCCGAGUGAUAGCAGAGGUGAUUGGAGGGAUCGUCCUGGGCCCAUCGGUGAUGGGUCGCAUCCCCGGAUUUACCGAUGCCAUCUUCCCCACGGCCAGCAUUCCCAGCUUGAAUGUAGUCGCCAAUCUAGGCCUGGUGCUCUUCCUGUUCUUGGUCGGUCUCGAGACCGAUGUCCGCUUCCUGGUCAGCAACUGGCGGAUCGCUUUGAGCGUGUCCGCGGCGGGCAUGAUCCUGCCAUUCGGGCUGGGGGCUGCCAUCUCAUAUGGCCUGUAUAAUGAAUUUCACGAGGACCCGGGCACCAAGCCAAUUGAAUUCGGAACCUAUCUACUAUUCAUCGGUAUCGCCAUGGCCAUCACUGCAUUCCCCGUGCUGUGUCGUAUCCUCACUGAGCUAAAGCUGCUCUCAACUCGCGUCGGUGUGAUCGUGCUGUCAGCCGGUGUAGGUAAUGACGUGGUGGGCUGGAUCCUACUCGCCCUGUGCGUUGCUCUGGUCAACGCGGGCACUGGGAUCACGGCCCUAUACGUGCUUCUGGUCUGCGCUGGUUACAUGCUGUUCCUAAUCUUCGCUUUCCGACCGCUGUUCUUGCGCUUCUUGGAGAAAUCAGGCAGUUUGCAAAAAGGACCCAGUCAGUCAGUGGUUGCCCUGACCCUGGUCAUUGCCCUUGCGUCGGCAUUUUUCACACAGGUCAUUGGCGUCCACGCUAUUUUUGGAGGAUUCGUAAUCGGCUUGAUUUGUCCCCACGAAGGCGGUUUUGCUAUCAAACUGACCGAGAAGAUCGAGGAUCUGAUCGCUGCCAUUUUCCUGCCACUUUACUUCACCCUGUCCGGUCUGAGCACCAAUUUGGGACUUCUGGAUUCUGGAAUUGUCUGGGCCUAUGUGGUUGGAGUUAUCGCGAUCGCGUUUAUUGCCAAGGUGACUGGAGGCGCUCUGGCAUCGCGACUCUGUGGCCUACUAUGGCGGGAGAGCUUUUCGAUCGGCGUGUUGAUGAGUUGCAAGGGUUUGGUUGAGCUGAUUGUGUUGAACAUCGGUCUGCAGGCCAAGAUUCUGAGCAUUCGCACCUUUACAAUUUUCGUUGUGAUGGCUUUGGUCACCACGUUCCUCACCACUCCGUUGACAACGCUGUUGUACCCACCGUGGUACCAAGUCAAGGUCGAGCGUUGGAGACGGGGAGAAAUUGACUGGGAUGACAAUCCUAUCCAACGCGAUGAUCGCAAUGAUAGCGUUGCCGUUGCCAAAGAUCAAUUGAAGACUGUUCCUGUACGCAAGCUCCUCGUCUAUCUUCGUCUCGAUGGCCUUUCUGGAGUCUGUACCCUCGCCGCUCUUCUCAGCGCAAAGCGCCCCGCGUCCCUGUCCUCCCGCAUCCAUCCUGCAAAGAUGCCACAGCAGACCGAACAAAAUGUUGAAGAUCCCAUCACCUCGGAAGAGGAUAAAGAUACUACACUCAAGGUACACGGUGUUCGGCUGAUGGAAUUGACCGAUCGUGAUUCCAGUGUCAUGAAGGUUGCAGCUGCAGGCGAGCAUGCGCUCUGGGAUCCAGUGGUUAACACAUUCCGUGCAUUCGGAGACUGGCAUGAUCUGUCACUCAUGGCUGGUGUAUCAGUCGUCCCCGAACACUCGUACGCAGACACAGUGAUCAGCAUGGCCCAACAGGACACCUCAGAUCUGCUCCUGCUCCCCUGGAGUGAAACUGGAACACUGGCAGACCACCACAACGCAUUGGAGAUUGAUGAUGCAAAUCGCUUCUCUAACGGCGCUUACACAAGCUUCAUUUCUGAUAUCCUGCAGCGGGUCGCAGGUCAUGUCGGAAUCUUAGUAGAAUACAGCCCACCUACAUCCCAAUCGAAGCGACCUGCAAUCUCGCGCACCGCCAGUGGUCUCAGUCUUCGAGGCUCUACAUUUGCCCGCCAGCCUACCGGGAGCCGCUCGCAUCACAUCGUCCUCCCAUUCUUUGGCGGCGAGGACGACCGCUUGGCUCUUCGUCUUGUGCUACAGCUUGCUAAAAACGAUCAGGUCACUGCGACCGUUAUUCAAAUCAGCGGGAAGACCAGUGAUCUCUCCAAGACGGCCGUGUCGACUGUAACCAGCGGUUCGAGCUCAGGUGGAAUUCCCACCUCGCAGUCAGACACGAUCUUCUUCGAGACGCUUCGCGACUCAGUACCCGAGGAGCUGCAAGACCGUGUUGUCUUCCAGGAGCCAGCUGCCACUGAGGGAAUCACUGAUACUGUCCAACUGGCGGUGGUUUCUGUGCGAGAAGAGCUCAACCACACUUCCAACAAAGCAAAUAAUAUUGUUAUCGUUGGACGUCGCAGUGUCUCCAUCGAGAUCGAGUUGGGCCUGCCCGAGGAUAGUAUUGGUCAAGAUACGCGUCGGGCUCUUGGAGCUGUCGGCACGGCUAUGGUGCAGCCCCAGAAUAAGGUAUUCGGGAGUGUGUUGGUGCUGCAGGCUGGCACUGACUCUGGGUUGGCUGAUUACUACCGUUGA